CCGGCUGAGGCGCUCACAGCCAAUAGCGGACUUAAGCCGAGACCCCGCAGCCAAUGGUCGGCCCAGUGCGUUCCGCAGGUGCCCGCCUGCCCGUGUCCACCAAUAGAGACUUGGGACACCUUGGCACCGCCUCUGGGUCCCGCCCCGCCUCCAACUCACUGGAGCAGGGCUGGGCUGGACGGGCGCGCUCUCGGGGGCACGGGGGCAGUCCUGGUCCCGGCUCUCCGCGCGGGUGGGCUCGGAGCAGGCCGCAGCGGGCGGGAACCCCACUCCCAUCCCGGAGGCUCCCUGCCCUUUCUCCCCUUUUCCCUUUGGCCCAUGGUGCGAGGCUGGGAGCCGCCGCCCGGGCCGGACCGCGCUAUCUCUGAAGGGCACAAAUCAGAAAGCAACAUGCCUCCUAAUAAAGAAGCCAGCAGUCUUAAUAGCUCCCCAGUGGGCCUCAUCUGCCUCCCUCCUAUCUCUGAGGAGCUACAGCUUGUGUGGACCCAAGCAGCCCAGACCAGUGAGCUGGAUGGCAAUGAACACUUGCUCCAAACCUUCAGCUACUUUCCCUAUCCCAGUCUAGCAGACAUUGCCCUUCUCUGCUUACGCUAUGGGCUGCAGAUGGAGAAAGUCAAGACUUGGUUCAUGGCCCAGCGCCUCCGCUGUGGCAUUAGCUGGUCAUCUGAAGAAAUAGAAGAGACUCGAGCCCGAGUGGUCUACCAUCGGGACCAACUCCAUUUCAAAUCCCUUCUCUCUUUUGCCCAUCAUGCUGGGCGGCCCCCAGAGGAGGUGCCGCCUUCUCCAAUGUCACCUCCAGAACCAGUUGGUCUUGGAAUAGUGCCCCUGACCCUCAGUGAGUCCACUCACAUGAAAGGAUUGAAGGUAGAGCCUGAGGAGUCCUCAGAGCCACUGAGUCACCAGAAAGCAAAGGACUCCCUGAUGGCAUCUGGCAGUGGGGCACUCCCCAACCAAUCAGGUUCUUGGCAGGAUCUGCAAAGCAGUAACCGUCCUAAGGAGCAGGCAGGCAAGGGUCCUGACCAGUCACGUGGCCUAGGUACUACUUCCUGGAACCACUCCACAACUGUCGUCCAGCCACGUACCCAGGAUAAGCCCUCACCGAUAUCAUUACUUGCCAGUAGUUGUAAGCAGGAGUCAGCAUCUAAUGUGACUCCUCCUUCUCCCUCUACCUCUUCUUCCACUUUCCAGGUACUGGCUAAUGGAGCUACCACCACCUCUAAACCCCACCAGCCACUAGGCUGUGUUCCACAGCCACUGUCACCCAAUGAACAGGCACCACCCCCACAGCUGGAGCCGGUAUGGCACCAGAGGCUAAGGCAUAACUCAGUAGCAGGUAGGGUUGGCUCUGCAGAGUACCUUUCCCCAGAUAUGCAACGCCAGCGGAAGACAAAGCGUAAAACCAAAGAGCAGCUGGCUAUCCUCAAAUCCUUUUUUUUACAGUGCCAAUGGGCACGGCGUGAGGAUUACCAUAAAUUAGAACAGAUCACUGGUUUACCUCGGCCUGAGAUUAUUCAGUGGUUUGGUGACACACGCUAUGCCUUGAAGCAUGGGCAACUAAAAUGGUUUCGGGACAAUGCAGUACCUGGUGCCCCUAGUUUCCAGGACCCAGCAAUUCCCACACCACCGCCUUCAACCCGCUCCUUGAAUGAAUGGGCUGAGACACCACCUCUGCCGGUCCCCCCACCCCCACCAGAUGUACGGCCCCUCGAAAGGUACUGGGCCACCCACCAACAGCUUCGGGAAAGUGAUAUUCCUCAGCUGAGUCAGGCGUCAAGGCUUAGCACCCAGCAGGUACUGGAUUGGUUUGACUCUCGAUUACCUGAGCCAGCUGAGGUGGUAGUUUGUCUAGAUGAAGAAGAGGAAGAGGAGGAGGAAGAACUGCCAGAAGAUGAGGAUGAAGAGGAGGAGGAGGAAGAGGAUGAUGACGAUGAUGAUGUGAUCAUACAGGACUGAGUGGGGGGCUAAGGGAGGAGAGGCUUUUUACUAAAAGAUGAACCAACUUAGUAACUGUUAAAACAAAGAAACCACAUUUUUAAAAUUACUUUGUGGCAAAGAACUGAAAAGCUUUGUGUUCUUGAGGUGGGGGAACAGGGUUGCAGUGAGGGUGGAUCAGGGAAGAUGACCGUAGGGCAUAAAGUGAGGUGGGGAUUGGAUGGGUAGAACUGUAGGCCUCAAGUCUCAAAGAAGAGAGUACUAAGGAUCUGGUCCAAACUGUAGGCUGGGAAAAGUUUCUUGCCCUCCUCAUAGCUGCUGUUCUUUUCCCUUAGUGUGCUACAGAGAGGCCAGACCUUGGCCCCACAUCUAUUGGAGGUUUGGAAAGGAGGAGUAAAGAAUUUUGAUUCAGUUGAUGAUUCCAGUGAAUCCCCCAAUCCCACCAUUAUCCCUGGCCUAUAAGGCUGCCUUACACCACUUUUCUCUCUGAGCGCAAGUCUGAAUAAUGCAGCUAAGAAUCUCAAUGAUAUGUCCCAGUCUGAUAACAAGUACUUCCUCUUCCUCAUAUCAACCUGACUUCAUAUGUUUUAGCUGCUUCAUUAUGGAGUCACACAGGUAGCAAAAUGUCUUCAUUUCUGAUACUGGGACCACUUAGCCUUGUAUCCUUUUUAUCUUUUUCUGAAAUCCCAUUUUGUUCACUAUUUGUCUCAGGGUAAAUCUUCCCCACAGAACUGGUGAAAAGGUUCAGUAAUCAGGUGGAGAAUAAUUUAGACUGGAUAUUUAUUGGAGGUGGGAAUUAGGGGAAAUGUCCUUUAAAAAAAAAGUAGAAUUAGGUUACAAAGGGAUAGAGGAGAGGGGAUGGUUUCUAAGUUCUGAAGGAUGGUGUGGGUAGGUUCCAGGUUUGGUUUUACAAACCUGACACUCCUGCCUAGCUUGACAGACUGAUUUCUCAUCUUUUGGGUGUUGGUUUAAUCUGUGUCCAGAAUAGAGACUUUUCCCUCUCUUUAUAGGGCCUGUGUUGUGGGCAGAGCAACCAUGGUCUUGAAUUAAUUACUGGUGUUUUAGAAUGGUUUUCAUCAGUUGGGGUCAAAUAUAAAGAUAUCAAUGGGUUAAUCAUCAAGAAUUAAGAGUGGAAGCCCCAAAUUGCUAGAAUAAUAGUAAAAAGCCAAAAAUAAAAUUGUUUCCCUCUCCUCCACUUUGCCAUUUCUAUGGUUUAGAGACUAAUGGAGUCCAAACCAUUAACAUUCUGAUUAGUGUACUUUUCUUUUUCAAGCAGCAGGAUAUAUCGAGGUAAAUUAAAAGAACAAAAACUUUAAAAGGCAGUUGAUUGGUAUCUAUUAAUGGGUAGAUUGUUUCCUGCACCUGCUAUAGCACAGGCUCUUGCCCAGAAGAGGAAGUGCCCAGAAAUGCAUUUAAAAAGAAAUUCAAGGGUUCCAGAAAUCAAGUGGGAUCCUAGUUCAGCUUCAAGGUCAUUCUCAAGACUUAGUUUAUUUCUGGCAGGUGCUUGCUGUCUUUAAACUUCAAAUAUUUUUUGCUAAAGGCCUAUCUGUUAGUGGGUCAUCCAUUUAAUUCCUAAUUUCUACCCCUUAGUACCUAAAGAAGAAUAAAUGUUUGAUCUCAGUGGUAGUUUUUGCCCAUUCCACCAUUUUGGAACUUGUAAUAUAAUACCAAGAGAGUUGCAAUAGCAAAAGGGCAUCCUCUUUAUUAUCUAUGCGUUUGAGUAAGCUGAAAGUCUGUCUCCAAUUCUUCCCAGACAGAAAGGAAAAUAACAUUUAAUAACUAGCUAUAGAGGAAACAAUAGGCAAGUAGAAAAAGUAUAAUAUAUUAGGACAAGGAACAGAGUUGUUGCUUGUUAACACUGGUAAUGGGAGAAUAUAUCCAAAGCUAAAAGAAUUAAAUCCACAAAGUAUAAUUAAUACUACCUGCCACACCCAGUAAUGCCAAGAAUUGUUUUUACAACCUUUGUUUCAAGUUGUAGGAAAUGAAGGAGUUAACAUAUGUCUUGUGGGAGAGAAACAUCUUCUUGAAGCACUAGCCUUACAGAAGACCAGACCACUUUCCUAGGAAGUAAUACAGGGUGUGUAUGGUAAAGAUGGGGAGAGAGAGGGUACAGAGCAAAACCAGGGAACAAGGCAGGAGUACAUUUUCCAAGGUCAUCAAACCUAAUGGCAUUGGCUGCUACAGUCCAUCCUUUAGCAAUAUGUAUAGAUCAGACCUUGAAGAUGGUUUAUCUGAAAGUAGUCCAUGCUUCUCUCCCUCUGGUUAAUUCCAUCUGCCUCUGUUGGUAGAGAGUCUGCAGCAGAGGACCAGAAGGCAGAUAUGGGUGUUUAUAACAAAAAGGACAAGUAAGGCCCUCUAAAGCUAUUGUAUAAAGCUUCAGCACAGUAAACCACUGCUGUUGUUUUUCCAUAGUUCUCUCCAUUGCAUGAUAAGUAGCUUUUCCAAACUUAGAUUUUGAUACAUCUAGUGUGACAAAGGCUUUGGUGCUACUUAUGAAACUCUUGAGAACAUUUUCAUGGUUUAUGGUUAUAUAUAAAGCAGAAUAUUUGAAAAUUCAAACUAUUUUGGAAGAACUAACAUGAUUGCCAUGCCCAGAGAUGAUUAUGAGGGAGGCAAAAUUUUUACACCUCUGGGGAGGUGGGCCUUUUUUCGGUAACUUUUUAACUUAUUAUGGAAAUUAAAAAUACAAGACUGGAGUAGUGUAAUGAACUCACAUGUACCCACCACCAAGUUCAGCAAGUAACUCAUGGCCAAUUUUCUUUCAUUUCUAUUUUCUCCCUGCUCCUCCCCACUAGAUUAUACUAAAGCAAAACCCAGAAAAUCACUUAACUUCCUAUCCAUAAAUGUUUUGUAUGUAUCUCCAGAAGAGAUUAUUUUU